AGAAUGAGCAUCAACAGGCGUCUUCGACUUUUUUGAUUUCUCCCUAGUAUACUAGAAGGUAUUCUCCAUUUUUUUCUGUCAUUGUGUGAGUGUUGUUGGGGUCCAUGACCUCUUUUAUGCUCCCCGUUUGUUUUCUUCUCUGAUUGAGACCACGAAGGAAGAAGUAUCUUCUUCAUGUUGAUGACCACGCCAUUACAUGGUCACCAUGACAACUAUCGUGUACUUAAUAUCCGAGAUUGAUUGUGUUUGUGUCAUGAGCCACAUGAUUAUGCUCAUCAUGUAAGUAAGUCUAAUGUGUGAUUGCUAUGAUCAUAAAUGAUGAGAAAAGGCUUCUGGUGCGAUUCCUCAAGCCGAGUAACUUGUUAACUCCACGAUUACGAUGAAUCUUCGUCUUCGUCCGGCUUCUUCAAGAUGAACUGCUUAUACUUUUCAAGACUGGCUGCAGCUGCAAUAUUAAAUCUGAACUCGUCUCCUACUCCUGUACUCCACCCUGUCGUCUGAAGAAGUAGACCUCCCACGUGUCAACAAGUCGUUGUGUCAACGUCAUCGAGAAGUAGACCUUCUAUCUCUACGACAACAAAUCUCCACUCGUCUAUCCUCGUGUCAACGUCAAGUAAACCUUCUAGACAAGAUGAGCAGCAAGAUGUCUUCUAGCAAGCCUUCUUCCUUGCCGGACUGUGGUCCUGAGAUUAAGCGGCAGGUGGAGAUAUUUCGUGAUGAGCAUAAGAUCCGUGGCGAAAUCUUUCGUGCCAGAGCAUAUAUGAAAGUACUUUAUGGCAUGUUGAACUACAAAGAAAAUCGGAUGGAGAGAGAUGACUGAGUGUGAAUAAAGUCAAGGCUGCGAGACUCGAUUCCUUGUACUGUAGAUGUAAUAAUAUGAAAGCUAAAAUAUAACCGGGUAUUUCUAUUUUUCCCUCAUUUUCACCCUAGGUUAGUCCCUCCAAUCAAGAAAGCUAAUUUCAAGGCUGCGAGACUCGAUUCCUCGUAGUUGCGACUGUAUGUCAUAGAGUAGACAUGGAUUUUUUUGAAAGGGAUUUUUUUCGACUCUGACUCAGUCACGCUCUAAUCCUUUUCGGGUCUGCAGCAACUGGAAGGGGAAGGCACGUCUAUCCGAACCCCCGAUGACUUGAAGAAGAUAGCAGGAUUGUCCCAGACGGGGAAAAUCAAAGACAAGCUACUGCAGAUCAUGGAGAACGUGGGCAAAAAAGCGACAAAUUAUGCUGAGAAGAACAUUACUAGAUGAAUAUAUAAGUACUUUGUUAUUUGCGAUGGACACGGACUAACAUUAAGUAUCCCUCAGUAAUAAAAAGUAGUUAGAUGACAAGUGGUAUCCACCUCAUAAUUGUUGGUAGUAUCUAUAACCUAGUUGAUGAUGAUGCAGAGGAUCGGUGUCUAAAAUGGAAAUGCAGGAGGCGUGGUCGGAGGAAAAGAGUCUUUGAAAACAGUGAAGACAGCAAUCAAAGCUGAAGAAGAUGAGUUUGUGGCUGAACUGGAUAGCCAAUUGAUGUCAGAAAUCGCGAUGGAACAAGCAGGGAGUAUUAAGGGUAGUUUAUCAAUAUCCCAUGUGGACUAUACUGAGUGAAGUCCCCCCUGAUCUGAAGGGGAAAAUAGAGGGGGAAAUGGGCAACUCACUCGGCCAGGGAUAGUGACAAACUACCUCUAAGAGUAAGAAAGGGAAAACUUCAGUUGGGAUGAUCGUGAACAUGAAGAGCGAAAAAAACGUUGCAGCAGACAGCCUAACUUCCGCGACCCGCAAGCGCGCUGGUAGCGCAUCCUCUACGAACAUUAAGGCUUUGGCUUCUAAAUUUCUAUUUCAACAAGAAUAACACUAUGUAGUUCUUCUCGCACAACGACAACGUCACGACUUCAUGAACAAUAGGGUUAUUAGUCUCUCUCAAUCUAUUUCAACAAGAAUAAUAGCACUAUGUAGUAUCUACAAAGUUUGAAAACCAAGCAGCACACAAAGCUCUAAGAAAAGUGCCGGCUCCAAAAGCAGUCUUGUCGCUGAGGAAGAGGAAGACUUGGAUCUGCCCCAAGUAAAGAGGUAUAAGGCCGACCCCGAAUGUGCCUUAUUACGGUCACUGCAGUCAGUCCACGGUCUAGGUCCCAAAAGGGCCUUGACGCUGAUACGGCAGCACAACGUUCGCAGUCUAGCUGACGCAAUAAAGAUGGCACAGGAGCAAGCGGAUGCGAGUUUAUGAAUGAUCGUUGCGAGAGAUUGGACGAAUCCACUUGCGUCUACUUAGUUGAGAACAUGAUGGUGGCCAAAUCCUAUUGAUUCUUCUUCUCCUGAAAUCUUCAUGUUUUUUAGAGUUCUCCCUCUCGUCCGUCUCUAAAAAUUCCUCCCAAAGGAAAAGUGGCUACCACGACGAGUAAGGCUUUCGUCUUCACCCGAGCAGAAAGGAUAGGUCUGCAGUACUGUGAGGAAAUCGGAACCAAAAUCCCCGUAAAAGAAACACGUAAGCACGUCGAUUUAGUAUAUCAAACUGCUAAAAAAAACACAGUCACGAGGAUGAAGAUAGCGCUAGCGAAUGCUGGCGUUGGUAGUGGUGGUGAUAUUUUAUGGGAGGAGGGUUUGUUGUCAUGAUACUAGAGAUAUUCAUUAUUAUUCAGUAGAUCUCGGAUUGAUCAGAUUUCCGAAUAGAAUGUUCUUACGCUUUUCCUUCUUUUAGUCUUGGCCAAACUUCAGCAUGUGAAAAACUACAAAAAUAAAUAUAGCACUUUAGAAGUACUAGGGCGGAAAUAUUGAAUAUGAUUGGACUUCGCCUCAUUCGAUCCCACACCUACUUCUAGCUACUUCUCGUAGUUCGUUGUAGUUUUCUGUAGUUCGUAGUUUUUCUAAUCUUGGAUUUGAAAAUCGAAGCUACCGGGUCCUUCCGUCGUGGCGCGCAGCAGAAUGGGGACAUCGAUUUCAUACUCAGCUUCAACAAGUCGUCCGCAAAGUGGUUUGCGUGCUUUUUACGUGCCUUGGAGGAUGCUGGCUAUCUGAAGGAGACACUUGCCUCCUCAGUGAGCUUCUCCGCAAGCACCGGAGCAGAUCCGUUUAAAGAAGCAGCUGCAGCACAGAAAGGAUAUUCGAGUGAAAAGCAGGAGCAUGACAUCGUUCUGAAAUGGAUGGGUCUCUGCAAAUUUCCGACUGGGACAGGGUUGCACAGACGUGUAGACUUCUUGUGCGUCUCAAGAGACGUUUACCCUUUUGCGCUAUUGCACUUCACUGGCGACGCCCUGUUCAACAUUGAGCUGAGAAGACGAGCGCUCGCGCAAGGCUACUCAUUGUUAAGGCUUAGAAUCAAUCAAUCAAUCUCAAACACAAGCAAUCACUGAAUCUCAAACACAAGCAAGCAAUCAAUCCAUCGCAUGUGGACGGUGCGGCACCUGAGCACUCCGUCUUGGUGACCCGUAAACCUUCUAAUCCCUUCCGAACACGGUAUCAAAACCCAACUGAAAAAGCCGACGAGUCGCGGAAAGACAAGCGUGAGCAAAGACGCGGACUUUGUGGGGACUCCUCUACUGAAACCUGGCGAUUCCGCAGUGCGCACAAAAUUACGCGGGAAGGAGUACUUCGAGACUGAGGAGGACGUGUUGAACUUUUUUGGGGUGAAAUACAUACAACCGGAAAAGAGAAAGACAGGAGCAUUGGAGAAACAUCUCCAGAAAAAGUAGGUUUUUUUAGACACAUUUUCAUAAAGUACAGAUGCAUGUUGACCAUGAGAUACACUGAGAGGGGGUUAUACAUAAUAAAAUAUAUGAUCAAUCAGUAACCAACUUGGUCGCCAGCUGCGUGUUCUUCUUAAUCCCCUUAUUCACUGACUACAACACGUUCACUUGAAGUUGAAGGCCUUCUGUACUACGUACAGGACAUAAAAUGUAUUUAACAUCUUCUUUCAUUGUACUACUAUCGGCAUUUGGCAGCUGCUUUGGAAUUCGGGAGAGACGUAUUCUCUGUCUUGUUGAAAAGGUUGAACACCCGACAUGUUGAGACGAUGCUUGGGCUACAUCAUUAUAAUAAGAUAAUUCGCGACGCCUUGCUGGAGGUAUGCCUAAUAUGCUUGUUACGUUUGUCGGGUAUCAGUGUUGGUUCCUAUUUUUCUGACGAGUUGUCUGACAUGGUUGAGCUGCUGUCUGAUCCCUGAAGGUGCACGUGAGGACACAUUCAAUAUUGACCAUCAACGCUAAGGACCAUAGAAGAAAGGAAACAAGAAUAAACAUGAACACCACCAAUACUGUACUUAGAAAUUUUGGAAUCAAC